AUUUUUGUUAGUACAAUAAAAUGGAUAUUUAUUGUAAAGAAAAAUUGUCUCUGUGAUGAAUCAAGAAUAGGAUGAAAAUGUGGCAAUAUCGAAAUCAUCGUUGUUGUGCCAGAACAUUUUCUUCACGUCAAACUUCUAGGUCUCACGUGAGAAAAUCGAAAAGCUGUUCCAGUUGUCACAAUUCCAAGAAAAUAUUACCCCAAGUAAAGUUAGACGACAGUCACGACGAUAAAAAUCAUGUUUUUGGCAAUAGCAGAUCUUUCAUGAAUAACGAAGAACAACAACAAUACAAAAGAAAAGAUAUGAUUGAGCCUAAACCUAAAAGCAAACUGAGAUAUUUGUCGGAGUAUAAAAAACGUAAUUGCAAAAAAAUGUCACCUACGAGUGUAUCAACGAGAAAUAAAGAUCCAACGAUUGUUAGAAGAAAAAUAUCGAAAAUUUCUCAAACCACAGAUGACACCAACAAAUCUACCGUUGUAAUGGAAUUUUCAACUAUACAAAAAAUAGUACAAUUAGUUGACAAUAAUGGUGAAGUGUCAACUGCAAAGGUUACGGUUAUACCUGCACAGGAUAUUAUUGAGAAAAAUAAAAAUUUUGAUUUAAAUGGUAUCAAUAAAUUUGACGAUUGUGUUGUUGAUACAACUGUUGACAAAAUUUCACGUUCUACGAUACGUUAA